AUGGCUACCAGGGUCGCCGAAUGCAAUUGGCUUCUGUUAUUUGACAUUGCUCUAAGUCAUGGAGAGUCUCUCCGCCAGAAGCGCCUGCAAUACGGUAGUCUGCUGACAUUUUUGCGCUCUGCCGGUCUCUUGGGGCCAAAAACAGGCGUGUACCCGAUUCUCCUUGAGGCCCUUUGGCGUCUUCACGGAUGCCCCACACAGUUCCCUAAACAUAGUGAGCCGUCCACGCGAGAGAAAUCUGUCCAUGACCUUACAGUUGACUUUGACGGAUUUCUUGCAGUGAUGAAUGUGGUGUGCGUGAGGUGCUUUCAAACGCAGAAGUGCUCGGAUUUGUUGGAGGAAGAACGACCCGUAUCAGAGGCAAUCAUCUUGUCUGCUGAGGAUCAGGUGCAGCUGAAGGAGAGCGUUCCGUUCGCAGCACGUCGCUUCUUCAAGCCGCUGAUCAAUAGGUGCGUCGUCUUGAAGAGAAUGGUGGUAUCGCUGGAUUCUAUGAAGAAUGAUUGGACCCCUUACACCAAUCAGUUCAUAACACAUAUUGUUGCAUCGGCGGCUAAUACCAUUAUUGUGCCGCUUUUUCGCCGUUAUGCGAAAGCUGGUCGACUAUACCGCCCGGCUUUUGAAGAAAUGGUAGAAAAUAUUUUUCCGAAACUCACACCCAUUCAAAAGAAGGGUGCAGCGGCUGUUUUUGACUACCCCGGUUUUUUCGGCAUUCAACAUUUGAUGGAGUAUUGCCGCUUAGAGAACACCGAGGGUGCAACUGCGGCUUUGGAGUUAGAUGCCUUCGCCGAAGCUCUCUUGAUGUUAGGCAUCGUGGCGUUCUCCGAUGAGGCGCAGUAUGAGCAUCAUCGCCCUCUUACGGCGAAGGUGUGGUCUGUCUUUGAAGACUACUACAGUGAGUUUGUGGGCGCACCGAUGGUACCAGAUCCCAUCGUGGACAAUAAGUAUGCUUCAAUUUUACCAGUUGUUAGUCUCAUCUUCCCCUCGAAAGUGCCGCUUGAUAAGGUGUCGUCAUUUAUUAUUGGAGGAUGGAACUUGACAGUUGAUGAGCAGCGCGGGGAGUCAUUUGUCAAUACGCCAGAUUACCCUCCACGUAUCAUGCAACUGGAUGGAGGGAGAAAAGGGACUAGUGGUGGGGGAGGCCGGCGCGUCUCUGGGCCGCUGCCUCCAUCCACCGCAGGGCUGGCCUCGAAGUUAUUCGAAGAAGAGCUAAACCGUCAGAGGUGUGCAGAGUACGAUUUGCCACUUUACGGUAUGAGACGCUGCACUGUAUAUGUGAAUCAUUUUCGUGCCACGGCCUUUCAAUGUGGACCCAAUAGAGCGGAGGUUGUGUUUCCCUCAUCCAUGUGGGAUGCUUCCAUCCACAAGACACGAAUUCAUUUUGCUGAGUGUGGUGAAGAGGGUAGACUGACGUUAAGCCCCUUCACAAAGGCAACUAUUUCAUUACGAGAUGCACUUGGGGAGGUGAUAUACAGCACAGAAGAAGUGCAUCUCGUGGGGGCACCUAUUGUAGAGUCUAUUCCAAUAUCACAGAUGCAGGGACUGAAGGCGGUGUUUGCUCACCAUGCUACAGAUGGUGUAAUGCCACUGGAUCAAUUUAAUGAAGCAUGUGCUAAAUUGUGUGUUGCUCCACUGGCUGAUCAAUGUGGUGGUUGUUCUUCGUUCAUUGAGACGUACUUGAAGCAACGCAUGGAUGAGAGUAUGAUAUCAAGUGAUCAUUCUAGAGCUGAGGAAAGAUCGAUCUCCUUUACUGAGUUUGCAUCGGCAAUAGCAACACUAUUGCUACAACAAUUGAAUACGGAUAAGUGCAUAGCUAAUGUACCGUACCUCCUUGGUAUAGCGAUAUCACGUGCAACUCAGAAGUUACCUCCACUUGCUGAACAGAAGGGCAUUGCUGCCCCACCGUUAAUGCCACAACCACCGCCAAAAUCUUGCCCCCACAAUGCACGGAUCGAUGUACCAUAUGCAAACGCCUUGCGCAGGAAGGCCUCGUCACUGCGUCUCCACACCGGCGCUGAGAAGCUGCUAAGGACUGCUGGAAAGUCUGGACUAAAUUCUCUACGUCUCUUGCCAGAAUUUCCUGAGGAGGCCAAGGUGCUUAGUUUGGUCUCGCAAUAUAACGAUGAUGAGAAUGGACUUAGUGAAAAGGUGAGUAAAGCGUCAGCGUCCUUGCGAGAGGCCUUUCUCAAGGAGGAGAUGGUUGUGUGUCGUCAAGGGUGGAAAGUGGAGUGA